ACAGUAAAUAUCACGGGCAACGUGACAGUUGGGGCACAUCAAUCGCGUGCCUACCUCAGCUCUUAUAUGCUAACAAACUUUUCCCCAAUUCUCUCACACUCGUUCCAUUUCCUCUCACUCCACUGCUUCCUAUGGCUUCGGCGAAGGCAAUGGGAGCUCUAGCGUUGCUAGUGGUUAUGGCUUCUCUGAGCAGCGGCACCUCAGCAGUAGGGCGGCAGCUCAAGUUCAACGCCAAACGAGGCGAGUUCAAAAUUCUUCAGGUCGCGGAUAUGCACUUCGGCGACGGAAAGCGGACUGCCUGCCUGGACGUCCUCCCCCGCCAGGCCUCCAGCUGCUCCGAUCUCAACACCACCUCCUUCGUCCGCCGCUUGAUCCUCGCCGAGAAGCCGAAUCUCAUCGUCUUCACCGGGGAUAACAUAUUCGGAUUCGAUGCAAGCGACGCGGUGAAGUCAAUGAACCAGGCGUUUGGUCCUGCGGUUAACUCCGGCAUCCCGUGGGCGGCGGUGCUGGGGAAUCACGACCAGGAGUCGACUCUGUCGAGGGAAGGUGUGAUGACGCAUAUAGUGGGGAUGAAGAACACGCUGUCGCAGCUGAAUCCAGGCGGAGCUCACGUCGUCGAUGGAUUCGGGAACUACAAUCUGGAGGUCCAUGGAGCGGAAUUUUCUAGAAUGGAGAACAAAUCGGUUCUCAAUCUGUACAUGCUCGACAGUGGCGAUUACUCUACCGUCCCCUCCAUUCCUGGCUAUGGCUGGAUCAAGCCCUCUCAGCAACUCUGGUUUCAGCACACUUCUGCUAGACUGCAGAAAAUCUACAGCACCCAACCAGAGGGGCAAAAGGGUGCUGCCCCGGGGCUUGCCUACUUCCACAUUCCGUUGCCCGAGCACGCAAGCUUUGACCCAACAAAUUCCACCGGCGUGAGGCAAGAAGGCAUAAGCUCCGCGACGGUGAACUCUGGAUUUUUCACAACAUUGGUGGCUGCAGGGGAUGUGAAGGCGGUUUUUACAGGCCACGAUCAUCUCAAUGACUUCUGUGGUGAGUUGUCCGGCAUACAUCUGUGCUAUGCCGGGGGCUUCGGAUAUCACGCAUACGGGAAGGCAGGGUGGUCUCGGAGGGCGAGAGUGGUGGUAGCUUCCCUUGAGAAAACACAGAAGGGAUCGUGGGGAACAGUCAAGUCCAUUAAAACAUGGAAACGCCUCGAUGAUAAGAAGCUUAGUCUCAUCGAUUCUCAGGUGCUGUGGAGCAAGAGCUCCACCAAUAAGCAGCGGAUUCUGUGAAAGCUGUUUAUUUUAUCAGACCAUAAGCGAAGAAGAUGAAGUUUGAGAAGAAACAGACUGAUUACAGUCUUUGUAGGUUUAACCUUAUCAAUUAGUUAUAGUUAUUGAAAUAUUGCUCAGUUACAAGGAAAGCUUUCAUGUAUUUGAUGAGAAGUUAAUGAGAAGUUAUGACACUUUCGAUACACAA